AUGGAGUCCUAUGGCCAACUAGUGGUUUUAAUUACUGGUUGCACCCAAGGUGGUAUUGGUCAUGCCUUGGCACGUGAAUUUGCUGCUAACAACUGCCUUGUUGUGGCCACGGCCAGGUCAUUGACUUCCAUGAGGGACCUUGAUCAAGAUAACAGAUUUUAUCUCCAAGAACUGGAUGUUUUGUCUGAUGAAAGUGUGCAGAAUGUUGUGUCCAAUGUUGUUGAAAGAUAUGGCAGAGUUGAUAUUUUGGUUAACAAUGCUGGGAUUCAAUGUGUUGGCCCGCUUGCUGAGAUCCCCUUAUCAGCUGCGCAAAACACUUUCGAUACCAAUGUUUUUGGUACCAUGAGGAUGGUUCAAGCUGUUGUUCCUCACAUGGCAUCUAGGAAGAAGGGGAAAAUCUUAAAUGUUGGAAGUGCUUCUGUUUUGGCUCCUCUUCCAUGGGCUGGUGUCUAUACUGCAACCAAAGCAGCUCUUCAUUCACUAACUGACAACAUGAGGCUGGAACUUAGGCCUUUUGGGAUCCAGGUGAUCAAUGUUGUUCCUGGAGCUGUUAAAUCAAACAUCGGGAUUUCUGCCAUAUCCAGCUACAACCAUAUGCCUGAGUGGAGGCUAUACAAGCCAUUUGAAGCAGCUAUAUGGAACAGGGCUUGCCUUUUCCAGGGACCUAAGACCACCCCCACCGAAGAGUUUGCGAAGAAGACGGUUGCUACUGUGCUCACGAAAAACCCACCAGCAUGGUUUUCCUUUGGCCAAUUCUCUACUAUCUUGUCGAUCAUGUAUCAUUUGCCACUUUAUGUUAAAGAUUGUAUCGCAAGGCAAGUAUUCAAAAGCAUGUUUGAAACCAAUUCCACACCAAGAUUUAGUUCAAAUCGUUAA